CUGGCUUUGUGUAACCAUCCUGCUGUCAAGGACUCUGGCAAGAGCUACCCAUAUUUCAAUUCAAAACUGCAGAUUGAUUCACAGACUGAGACAGCAGCACUGUGCAAACCAUGAAGCCUGCCCUUAUAUUGAUCCUACUCCUUCUGCUGACAUUGGUGUCAUCUCAGACAUUCCAUUGGGGUCCUUGUCCCACACCAAUGGUCCAGCCAGACUUUGACCUGAACAAGUACCUGGGAAAGUGGUAUGAAAUUGAAAAGCUCCCUGCAUCAUUUGAGCGAGGCACAUGCAUUGAAGACAACUAUUCUCUAAGACCUGACAAGACCAUCAAGAUACUUCAUGCUCAGAAAGUUAAAGGAAAGGUGAGGACUGUUGAGGGUACAGCAAUUGUGCAGGACUUGAAAGAACCAGCUAAGCUUGGAGUUAGUUUCUCUUACUUUACCCCCUAUAGCCCUUACUGGGUCUUGUCCACUGAUUAUAACACCGUCGCGCUGGUUUACUCCUGCACUGAUAUUCUCCGACUCUUCCAUGUUGACUAUGCCUGGAUCCUGGCCCGCACCCGUUCUCUGCCAGUGGAGACCAUCUACCAUGCCAAGGAGAUCUUCUCUCGGAACAACAUUGAUGUCAGUAAAAUGGUUCCCACUGAUCAUCGGGUCUGUGAUGUGGGACCUUAAACAAAGAGACUGGAUUCCAUUUUGAGAAAUUCUGCAUUGAUUGUAAACUGGCACAUGGAGAGAUUUUUAUAUUCAUGGUUGAGUGAUAUUGAUGUUUGAAGGAGUACAUUUCACAAAUGAGCAGCAGGUACCCUCAUUGGGGAAUGUCACUGGGAAAUAUUUGUAUAUCUUUUUGACCUUUAACACGUAUUAACACUAAAUUAACACGAAUUAUAUCAGUUAUUUAGUUUACACUAAACGCUUAUGUCAGAGCACAUGGUGGUAUGUCUAGGUAUGCCAUGAUCAAGAAAUUUACGAUCAUGUUUUAUAGCGGUUGACUACUGCCCUCUGCUGGCCAGCAGCUGUAUAUUUAUGCUGUUUUACUGUGUGAACUCCAUACUGAUACUUUCUUUCUGUCCAAAACUGAAAAAUGUUUAUGGGACAUUAUAUAUAUUUAAUGUACAUGAUUGCAUUUAUGAUUGAUGUUAAUAUUACUCAUGAUACAGUUUAUGAUUGUGGCUUAA